AUGGCGUCAGCGUGUCCUCAAGCCGGCAUCCCCACAGAUGAUGAGCAGGCCACCGGUCUGGAGAAGAUUGUGUUGGAGGCGUCAAAAGAGAGGAACUGUAAGUGUCUUGAUCCAUAUAGGUUCUUAAAACCGCAGGAGUAUGCAGGCUCCAAACAAGACCCUCAUAUUGUCCCCUCCAUAACCAACAAGAGGAUUGUUGGUUGUGUUUGUGAAGAGGACAACACUGCAGUGGUAUGGUUUUGGUUGCAUCAGGGAGAGGCCCAGCGCUGCCCAUCCUGUGGCGCUUACUACAAACUUGUUCCACACGAGUUACCCCACUGAAAUAUACACUUCACAGCAGAGGAGGCCUGGACACUCCCAUCCUGACUCAAACACCAUAGAUACUCUUAUUAAUGCACAGUCCCCUUCGAUGUUCCCUGUUCUGAAGAAUAAAAUUGCACUUUAUAAA